AGUCAGGGGGUGGGCUUGAAUGAAUGCAGUGUUGGGCACUGCCACGCAUCUCAGAGCAGCACCGAGUGAGGCUCAGCAGCACAGCGCGUAUGUGGAUGGGAGCAGGGGAGCUCCACUUCUUCAGCCCAGAAACAAUCUCUUGGAAAAAUCCAUUCCUGCAGCCAGCUCAUUCUUUUCCUCUUGGAAGGAGCAGCGGAGGAGAAGGAGGGGGGCUGGGGAGGGGACCAACCAAGGAUGCUGAUUUACAGGAGCCACUGAAGGCUCCCUUUGCUUCUGAGGGCUGCAGGGGGAAUAUGCCACAGGGGAUGGAUUUGUAAGGAGCCUGGCCUGAACUGCAGAGUUUGCAGGUUAUUAGUGCUGCACCAAACUCUGGGCUUGGGCAGCCCUCUAGCUGAGGCUAUUGGCCAUGGACACUAAUGCAGCUGAGUAUCAUACCAGCGUCACAAAGAACCCCCCUGGGUGGGAAACCGGGAUCUAUGUGACCGGUGCACUUGCUCUGCUGGGAAUAGCUGCAGUGAACCUAUGGAAGCUCUGGAAAUCUGGGAGCUAUCCCAUGCCAUCUCCAUUCCCCAACUAUGACUACAGAUACCUGGAGCAAAAGUACGGAACAACAUAUUCCGAGAUCAAACACAAGAGAGGUGUAACCUCGAACAUUCGAAAGGCAGUGGAAAGGACAUCCCCGGUCCGCAAACCCAGCCUGAAAAUGGAUGACACCUUUGAGAAUAUCAAUGAGCUGGGGACCCUGGAACUGAUGAACAAAGAUCUGGAGCUGGCUCCAUAUGGACCCCUGAAGAAGUCGGUGUCCACUGACUCGCUUAGCUCCAUCUCCUCCAUAGGGAAUAAUUUUGGCCAAGAUUUCACUGUGGGCCAGGUGGAAGUCAACAUGGAGUACGACGUGCACUCCAACACCCUGCAUGUCACGCUGCUGCAGGGCAAAGACCUCAUGGAGAAGGAGGACAUCAACUUUGAGUCUUGCUUUGUGCGUAUCAGCUUGGUUCCAGAUGAGCAAAUCGUUGGCAUCUCCAGGAUUCAGAGGAGUGCCUAUUCUGUCUUCUUUGAUGAGAAGUUCUCGAUUCCCUUGGACCCAUCUGCACUGGAGGAAAACAGCUUGAGGUUUUCUGUCUUUGGCAUUGAUGAAGAUGAGAGGAACAUCAGCACUGGGGUAGCAGAGCUAAAGCUGUCAGACCUGGACCUGGCCAUCCGGCCAUUCAAAGCCUGGCUGUACCUGCAGGACAUGAACAAGACAGUGGACUCGGUGGGAGAAAUCCUGCUGUCUCUGAGUUACCUGCCCACAGCGGAGCGGCUGACUGUGGUUGUGGUCAAAGCCAAAAAUCUCGUGUGGACUAAUGGCAAAGUGACUGCAGAUCCUUUUGUCAAAGUGUACUUGCUUCAGGAUGGGAGGAAGAUCAGCAAGAAGAAGACAGCAGCAAAGAGAGAUGACACAAAUCCAGUGUUCAAUGAGGCCAUGAUUUUCUCAGUGCCAGCCAUUGUCCUGCAGGACCUGUCUCUCCGGGUGACAGUGGCAGAGUGUUGUGAAGAUGGGAGAGCUGAAAAUGUUGGCCAUGUCAUCAUUGGCCCAUCAGCCAGCGGCAUGGGUAUCACACACUGGAAUCAAAUGUUGGCCACCUUAAGGAAACCAGUGUCCAUGUGGCAUCCAGUACGACGAAACUAAGGACGCGUUGACCCUCUUGCAAGUAUUUUGCAUGGUGCCUAAACUCUCUUCCUGUAAAUAAAUAUUGUUGGUGAAUGGACUGUGAAAAUCAAGACAGAAAUUAUUUUUCCAAAUGUUACUCUUCACGAGUUCCAUUUAGUAAAAAGGAGGAGCAGCAACAGCAGAAGAUGUUGAUUCUUUGAAUUGGAUUCUGCAAGCCUUGGAAAAGCUUCAGUGGACUGAAAUGUGAGAGAAGUAGUAACUCCGGUGUGAUUAUGUACAGAUAUAGCUUUUGGACAAACACCUCCCUCCUAACAUUACUGUGGCAGGGAUGCAAGUUUGGGAUCCCACCAGCCCCAAUUGUUGAUGAUAUUAUUUUCCAGUGGAUGUUAUACAGUUAAGCAUGGUCUGUCCACUGAUAUUAGCAAGUCAAGGGGUAAAUUUGUGAUCUUGUGCCCAAACUAAAUGGUUUAGGUUUGCCACAAAGUUCCCAGGAGAAAUUUUACCAUGAAGAUUUUCACCAAGUCAGGCUGGAAUUUUACCACUACACAUUUUGGCUGCAGGGAAAUUUAGCUACUGAGGCAUUUAAUAUUGUGCAGGUCUGGCAAUCAAACUCUUUCUAAGAUGACUUCUUGGAUUGCUCCUCAUUGAAAAUCUUUGGUUUAAGGAGAGGGAAGGUCUCCAUAAGGACUGGAUCCUUGUCACUCCAUGCAGGUUCCUAGAUAUUCUAAGCUAAAAUCAAUUAGAAGAGAGCAAACCAUGGCAUUUGAAACACAGCAGCAAAAAAAUACAUCCCAUUUCAGACAAAACUGAGAGAGAGUUCCCUUAGGAAGCAUUCAUAUCGUACUUUUCCGAGUUAAUGAGCAACCAUCCUCUCCAAGCCUUGAUUCGACAGGGUGAUAUAAAGCAGCACAGGUUCUCACAUAAGUCAAGGAAAGAUAAGAGUCUUCAACACCACACUGGAGGAUCCAUAAAAUGCUGGUUCUUCCUUGUUGAUUUUUGGGGUGUUCACUGGCAUUGCUCGAAAUGCUUCAUAUUUCAGGGGAAAAUGUCAUCUGCAUUUAUUGAGAAAAGAUCUGGGGGAAAUUUCAUAAAAUGCUGGUGUCUUUUAUUUUUCUCCUGAUUUUGAAUAAUGGAAGAACAAGAUGAAAUGUUUGAAUUUUAAGUCUCAAAUCCCAACCCCCUCCCAGCCACUAGAAUCCACCCAGGAAAUAUGUCCACAGAAUUUGUGACUUUUUUUUAAACUCUUCUGUUUUUUCAACCAAUUUAGGGGUUCAGGUUAUGACACACUGGCCCUGAUUUCCAGAGCCCAGUUGAGAUUUUAGGUGCUCAGCAUAUCUUAACUUGGGUACUCAGUAGUUCAGACCUCAGUUUUUACUCAAAGUUCCCUCACUGAGGAGUCAAGUCCAUGUAGGUCAGGCUUACCACAUAUUAGUAGGGUCUCAGUAAAUCAUGCCAGAAGUGCCCCCUAAUGUUUUUCAUUUUGUUGCUUGCUCCCCCCCUCCCCCCAUCAGGGAAGCAAAAACUAGCAUGUUUAAAAUCUCCAUUAAUUGGGUGAGGGAGGGGCAAAUGGUGAAAUGAAAAACAUUAAAGGACUUGCUGCAGAGGCCACUUCUGGCAUGAUUUACAGAGAUCCCUACAUAUUAGUUAAGCCCAAGCAAAACUUGAUCAUUCUUCCUAGUCCACUUAAGCUUCUAAGUAAAGAACUCAAGAAUAUAGCCAGCUCUCAUGACUUCAUCAUGAGCCUCUCUACUUCCAGUGUUUUAUAGAGCCCUAUUUCUUGGAUGAUAUCACUGGAUAAUCUUCACUGUCAUUUUAAAAAAACUUUUCUUUCUAUACCUCAUGAUACCGCAAAAAAAAUCUCAGAACUUUAACACCUAGAGGCACAAACACAAGACAAAUAUAAAGACCCCCCCAAUGCAUUUUUUUUUUAAAAGAUCACGAAGAGUUCUUAUGCCUUUUUUUUUUAAGUGUUGGGGUUGACUCUCAGUUUUGGAACAGUUAGGUCUACUGAUACUGCUUUGAUUUGGUGCUCAUUUGCUUGAGAGCUGUGCAGAAAUGUAGUGGGCUCUAAAAGGACCAGGUGCACCUGAGAGCUGUGGAGGUUGACUGCAAGCUUCUUGUACGAAGCAUUUUCUUGAAGAAUACUGUUCUCCUCCAUCUUGAAACCUUGCACAUCCAUCCAGAGCCAAAAUGUAUUACUUCACUGUGGCCUAAGUGGGUUUGAAAUCACUGGUUGGUUGCAAAGGGCCUUCCAUGGAAUGAAGGCAGAGAUUAUCUAAUAGGAUGGAAAUAAAACCAGACAGCUGUUUAAUUCUACCUCUAGGCAGCCAAAUGCUAGGCAGGAGCUGGCUUCAGCAUCUGGACAGAGCCAUCAAAAAGAGGAACAUCUGGAUCAAGCCAGUCUGCAUUACGGAUGGUUUCUUUGAAGCAGGGCUUGUCAGACUGGUUGACUUGCUAGGGCUCAGCCUGCCCAUGGAGACUCAGGCUAGGAGCAGGAAAGGUCAUCAGAGGGCUUGAAUCAGCUGUGUGCCAUCCUGCCUUUCUGCAGUUCAGUGAACUUGGACUUCAGACUGACCUGGCUCUAGAGAACACUCUGUUAAAGAGCAUCAGCCUCAGGGCCCAGCAUGUGCUCUUUGCUUAGGACAGGAGAUCAGGGCCCCCAGUGUUUUUGUUCAUUAAGAGUAAAACAUGCUUCUGAUUUGGGGAGGAGGGAAAAUACCCCCAGUUCCCCUGUGCAGAAGCAAGAUUAAUUCUCUGUAGGCCAACAGAGGCUCACAGCUCUAAAGGGGCGCUGUCCACCCACUUCAUGACAAAGCUGGUCUCCUGGCAAGUCCCACUACCACUUCCCCAGGCAGGUGGGAGGGAAGGGGAGGAGCCCUCUUUCAACCUAUGAAUCAUAAUGGAAGCAGCCCUUCCAUCCAGCAGACGUUUUGCUAUUAGGCCAGCUCUAAGGAGAACUAGGAAUGUGUCAGUGCAUGAAAAAGUCAUUUGCAGUUGUUAAGCCCUUGUGAGUUAUGCAUGAGCUGUGACGUGUUAAGAAUGAAAACAAGCUCAGUAAAAGCAUGUUAUCCAGGUGGCCCCAUCACUGUGCAUCAUACCUGUAAAGCAGAACAAUCUUUUGCUUCACUUGAUCACGUGAAUGUUAAUUCAAACAGCUAGUGUCAGGCCAAGCAUAGACAUGCACUGGCCUUGGACCCAAAUAGCAAUGGGCCCAGCAGUGUAGCAGGCUUAACCAGGUUGCUGAAUCCAAACUCCUCUGAGACCAGGUUGAUCCUGACCUGAAUCCAUAACCAGAUGUGGAGGUUAAAAUCCAAACCUUAAACUGGUUCCAAAAUUGUAGUGUGCAUUCAUCUUUAACAUACAGUGGUCAUUAACACUGUUUUACAUGGCUUUACUUUUUGAGGAGCUAACUUUGUCCAUCACACUGGUAUAGAUCUGAAGAACCUCUUCCAGUUACUCUACAGUGUUCUCCCAACAUCCAAUUUAAACAAAGCUGACUUCUGUGUAAAGCUUCCUAGACAGGAAGACAUUCACACUCCCCAGGCAUGAUAGAUGCCAGGGAGGACAUUGAGUGUGUUAGAGUCAGGCCAAACUCUUUUGUGUCUCAUUUCAAACCUUCUGGAUCACAGCAGGCUUGGAAGCUGGGCUCCAACAUUACUGGGCUCAAAUACUGCUAAGGAAUAAAAACUACGGCAAAGAGAAAAACAAACUGAGGAGAUGAGGGAGUGGGAGGACAGAAGAGCCCAGAUCCUGAUCUCAGUGACAUCAAGGCAGGUCCAGAGGACCUCUGUUGACUUCAGGGUAGUCUGGGUUUAUGUUGGCAUAACUGAAGGCAGGAUUCUACCUAGUGUGCACUGCAUGCAGGGCACUACCCGCUACUAACCUAGCACUGCAUGUGGAUGGAUGAUAAGGACAUUCAUCCCUCCUUGGUGCAGGGUUUCCUUGACCUAUGAAAAUCUGCUUGUAAAUGUGAGAGAUCAACCAGCUUCUGACUGCAACAGAUUCCUAUAUUACUGGUCAAAGGAUACCUGGGCCCUCUGCUUCUCAGCAAGUGGAUUCCUGGCCUCACCCUUUGUGAAACUCCCCACUCUCUCCUCUCCUUCCCCCAAAUGCUUUCUAGAUGCUGAAAAGAAAUAGACGCUGGAUCUGGGCUUUGACUGUCUGGGCCUGACCCUAGGCCUACUGUAGUCAGUAGAAAUAGGGCGCAUCUACACAAGAUGUUAAAUGAGCAGUAGACUAAUUCUACUGUACAUUAGCACAUCACAGCAAAAGCUAAUGCACAGUAGAAUUAGUCUACUGCGUAUUAGCAUAAAAAAACCUGCACUAGUGCUGCUGUACAGGAGCACUGGUUACUGUGCAUUCAGUUAGUACCUGUUAUUAUAGGAACUACACUGAAUGUGCAGUAACCACAGCACAUUAAUGAACAUGUUAGAUGUGCCCAGACUCAGUAAUUUCAGUGGGCUUUAGAUCAGGUGUAAUAUCCCCCAGGUUGCACUUCAGAUGCAGCUGAGAGGUCUUUUCUAUCUACCUGGCAUCCUGGUUUCACCUCUCUUUAUGAUUAAAGCAGGAAGUGAUGAUUAUUUGAUUAAGACUGGGACCCAGGAGUGGGCUUUGUUUGUCCCUUUUAACAGAAUCACUGGGUUAGAAGAGACUCCACCGGUCUCUUCUGGUAUCACAGGUCUCUCACUGAUACCCUUCCCAGUGAUAUUGGGGUAGGCCCAGAUGUAAAGGUCAUUGCUUGUCUAUGCUCUGGUCCAACCACAAAGAUACUGGGCUGGAUACAGGAAUGACAGAGUAGACCUCUUGAGGCUGCAUUACACAUGAGGUUAGACAGGAUGGUCUGUUAUGGCCCUGAAAUCUCUGGUUGUCCCUGAUCCUUUUCUCAAAGCUUUUUAGGUGUACAAAGCUUGGUGCUGAAAUGUUUCUGGCUGCCAGCUGUAUCAACCUUUGGCUCCAAGAAGGGCAACCUUUUUACAGAUGUUUAUGCUAUAGGACUGACCAACAAAAAUGAUGUCUGUCAUUCCAGUUUGUAUUCUGAAUGUUUGAUCUAUUGUCUACUCUGUCAAACCCACUGGUUUUUCAUCACUGCAUUGCUGGAGAGAAGAGACUGCAGUGACAGUGGUGUUGUCAUAUAGGAAGAGUGUAUCUUACAUCAUACCAUAGCUGUGAGCUAUAUUUAUUUCAGUGGUUAAGUUAUCAUUUUAAAGGCCUGCCAUCCUCUGUGUGUUGCACUGUGACACUUGCCCCUUUAUUCAAGGCUGGGCAUGUGUUUGAAAGGUAAAUAAAUAUCCAGGUGACUUGGCAAAAUGG